AUGCUCAGGACGUUAUUCAGGAAGCACGUACAAGUUACUGCUGCUGGAAAGGAGCUUGCCCGUAACUACAGCACCCCAGUCUUGAAUUCAUCAACGAUCCCUCAAGUUCAAACGUCGGAUUUUACAAAAUAUGGUGGAAAAUACACCGUAACCUUGAUCCCUGGUGAUGGCAUAGGCCAGGAAACAACAUCAGCUGUGAAGACGGUCUUCAAAGCAGCGAACGUGCCGGUUGAAUGGGAGCAAUUCGAUGUUACAGGAACUUCUCAUGAGGAGGAUGCAUUGUUCAAGAAGAGCGUUGAAUCUUUGAAAAGAAAUAAUGUAGCACUAAAAGGCAUUCUAUACACACCCAUAACAAAACUUGCACAUUCGUCGUUUAAUGUGUCAAUAAGAAGAAAUCUCGAUAUUUACGCAUCACUGGUUUUAAUUAAGAACGUAAAAGGUUGCCCAUCUAGACACAAAGACGUUGACUUUGCCCUUAUCAGAGAAAAUACAGAAGGAGAAUAUUCCGGAUUAGAACAUCAGUCAUAUCCGGGGGUAGUAGAAUCGUUAAAGAUUGUAACCCGAGCGAAAACGGAACGCAUCGCACGCUUUGCGUUUGACUAUGCUCUCAAAAAUGGCCGCAAGAAAGUAACAUGUGUUCAUAAGGCCAACAUUAUGAAACUAGGCGAUGGACUUUUUCUCAACACUUGUCGCGAAGUAGCCAAAGAUUACGAAUCGAGCGGGAUAAAAUUUGAGGAUAUGAUCGUGGAUAAUUGUUCCAUGCAGCUCGUCAGUAAACCCCAGCAGUUCGAUGUGAUGGUGAUGCCCAACUUGUACGGCAACAUUGUUAGUAAUGUUGGUGCCGCCCUAGUUGGCGGAGCUGGAAUCAUUCCUGGAUGUAAUAUUGGGAGAGAUUAUGCAUUGUUUGAACCAGGCUGUAGACAUGUAGGGAAAGACAUCCAAGGACAUAACAAAGCGAACCCAACAGCAAUGAUUCUUUCUGGAGUAAUGAUGUUGCGCCAUUUGGGACUCGAAGAUCAUGCUAUUAGAAUCUCGAAUGCAUUAUACAAGACGAUUGAGAUGGGAUCCGCAAGAACACUAGACAUGGGAGGAACAGCGACAACCACGGACUUUACUCUAGCGGUUGUAUCAAAUCUGUAA